AUGGGUAUCUCUAGAGAUUCCCGCCACAAGCGCUCCGCCUCCGGUGCCAAGCGCGCCUACUACCGGAAGAAGCGCGCUUUCGAGGCCGGUCGCCAGGGUGCCAACACCCGUAUCGGCCCCAAGCGAAUCCACACGGUCCGCACCCGCGGCGGCAACCACAAGUACCGCGCCCUCCGCCUCGACAGCGGUAACUUCGCCUGGGCCUCCGAGGGCUGCACCCGCAAGACCCGUGUCAUCGGUGUCGCUUACCACCCCUCCAACAACGAGCUCGUCCGCACGAACACCCUGACCAAGUCCGCCGUUGUCCAGAUCGACGCCGCUCCUUUCCGUCAGUGGUACGAGGCCCACUACGGUCAGAACCUCGGCCGUCGCCGCCAGCAGAAGCAGCAGGCCGCCGGCACCGUCGCCAAGGAGGAGGAUGCCAAGAAGUCCAACUCGGUCGAGAAGAAGCAGGCUGAGCGCUUUGCCGCCCAGGGCAAGGUCGAGAACGCCCUCGAGAAGCAGUUUGAGGCCGGUCGUCUGUACGCCGUUGUCUCUUCCCGUCCUGGCCAGUCUGGUCGCUGCGACGGAUACAUCCUUGAGGGUGAGGAGCUCGCCUUCUACCAGCGCAAGCUUCACAAGUAG